AUGGAUGCUGAUGCAUUUUUAAUGGCUUUCAGGAGAUUUGUGUCACGAAGAGGAAUUCCGAAAGAACUGUUUUCUGAUUGCGGUACAAAUUUCAAGAAUUUAAGUUCAACCCUCCCAGUUCACCACAUUUUGGAGGAAUCUGGGAAAGAGAAAUCAACUGUUAAGAAUGCAAUCAAGUGUUGUCUGAAAGAUCGAGUCAUUACCGAGGUAGUUCUUCAAACAGUCAUUAUCGAAGCUGAAGGGCUGAUGAAUUCUAAACCUUUAGGAUAUGUUACAUCAGACAUUGCUGACAGAAAUCCUGUAACUCUAAAUAUGCUGCUAAUGAGGAGAAGAGAUCCGCCAUUACCAUCUAUUGUUUUUGGCUCUGAAGAAAUCAGAAGUAGAAAACUAUAG